AGAUAUUUAGGGACGCAGGCCGAACGAUCCAAUUCAGGGUCUCCAACCGCUGUCGCCCUCUCAAAUUACGCCAAUGUCGCCAACCCCCAAUUCUCUGAUGGCGGAUUUAUUAGGGUUUGCAGAAUCGCGGGAUUGAUCGCUCGUUUCCCCAUCUCCGAUAGCGAUUGCUUGGUCUCAAAUCGUCCAAACGCGUGGCUUUUCCAAACUUGGUCCAAGGGCGACGUUUCCAUAUUGAUUUCUGAGUGCCUUCCGGGUUUGAAUUCCGAGCAGGUGCUCUUUUGCCGUAUUAUGCCGAUCGUAGGGCUUCAAGAUCAUUAAAGGCUCCUCUCAUGCCCGUUUCUUCCAGAGAGAUCGUCACUCCCUUAGAAAACUAGGGCUUGGAGCUCAAAAUCGAAGAAAGACUGAAUUUUACUAUCUGUUGUUAAGGUUUUCGAUUGAUUCUUGAAAUCUUCCUCUUGUUCUGAAUCGGUCUCUGGUUAAAACACGAUGCCGCCGGUUCUUUCGCCUUUGAAGGCUUUGGCAAGGUUACAAUCGCGUGGACAGCGUGGUUUGGGGCUUACGAAAUAUGAAUUGUCAUCGUGGAAGAGAUGCCCGGAGAGUGGGAGGAAGUUGGAGCGAUUUGCUCAAACUCGAAGCCUGAGAAGUGUGGGUCGAUUGGGUAAUCCAUGCAUCGAUAAAUUGGUCGAUGCUGAUAAAGAGUUUCACAAUUCUUUCCGGGAUUCUUACAAUGGCACUCAGACCAGGUGGUUUCUUGGAUGUGGAGAUGGGGAAGAAGGAAAUGUCCUUUCAAAAACUCACGAAGAGAGGCGUGUGGUGGGGUACUCACCAGAACAGUUGUUUGGAGUGGUGGCAGCUGUUGACUUGUAUGAAGAUUUUGUUCCGUGGUGUCAGCGUUCUAGGAUUGUUAGACGGAAUAAUGACAGGUCCUUUGAUGCUGAGCUGGAGAUUGGUUUCAAGUUUUUGGUUGAGAGCUAUGUCUCUCAUGUAGAACUGGAGAAGCCAAAAUCUAUUAAGACAACUGCGUCAGAAAGUGGCCUUUUUGAAUAUUUGAUUAACAUUUGGGAAUUUAAUCCUGGUCCUGUUCCGGGAAGUUGUGACCUUUACUUCUUGGUGGACUUCAAGUUUCGGUCGCCUCUAUAUCGGCAGGUGGCAUCCAUGUUCUUCAAGGAGGUUGUUUCCCGAUUGGUCGAUUCAUUCAGCGAUCGCUGUCGUAGAAUUUAUGGUCCUGGUGUCCGAGUUUCUGAAAGACCUUAUGGACAGGGCAUAUAGUUUUUCUAGUUCUCUUCUAGUUUUUUUAUAAGCAUAAUUGGUAACAGAGAAUGACUGUCAAAGGCACUCCAAAUGAUUGCCAAUAUUUUCCAGUAUAAUAGCAGACAAGAAGUAGCCUUGUGAUCACAAGCAGGAUACAUUUGCACCAUCUGAUUUUGUUCUGGCCUCAGGCUUUAAUUGAUCCCCAUUUAUCUGUGCUCUCACAGCCAUUUUAUUGUACCAAGGAUACAUUCAUGUGUAACCUAUUCAUUUUUUAUGUCCAAAUCUCUGAUGUUUUUUUAAGAACAUGUUCUCUUACAACAUAGUUCUAUUAUUCUCAUGUCUUAUAUAUGGCAGCAGUUGAUGACA